AGCCCCGGGGCGCGCACGUGCCCCGCCCCGCGGGCGGCCGCGGACGGCGCGGAGGUCCAGCCCAGCCCGGCCCCUCUGCGGCGCUCCCCAGCGGCUCUCUCGGCCUCCUCGGCCUCACCCGGGACUGGCCUGGCGGAGGGCGCGGGCUGGGGCGGGGCGCGCUGCCUGUCAGCCGGGCUCGCCGCACUUCCUGCCGCGCUCCGCUUCGCCGCGCUCCAUGCCGCCCUACACCAUCGUGUACUUCCCCGCCCGAGGGCGCUGCGAGGCCACGCGCAUGCUGCUGGCUGACCAGGGCCAGACCUGGAAGGAGGAGGUGGUGACCCUGGACACCUGGCGCCAGGGCCCUCUCAAGGCCUCCUGUCUGUACGGGCAGCUCCCCAAGUUCCAGGACGGAGACCUCACCCUGUACCAGUCCAAUGCCAUCCUGCGGCACCUCGGCCGCACCCUGGGGCUCUACGGCAGAGACGCGCGGGAGGCAGCCCAGGUGGACAUGGCCAACGACGGCGUGGAGGACCUUCGCCGGCGCUGCAGCCAUCUCAUCCACCACAACUACGAGGCUGGCAAAGCGGACUAUGUGAAGGCGCUGCCAGGACACCUCAAGCCCUUUGAGACCCUCCUCUCCCAGAACCAGGGGGGCCAGGCUUUCAUCGUGGGCGACCAGAUCUCCUUCGCCGACUACAACCUGCUGGACUUGCUGCUGAUUCACCAGGCCCUGGCCCCCGGCUGCCUGGACGCGUUCCCCCUGCUCUCAGCCUACGUGGCCCGCCUCAGCGCCCGGCCCAAGCUCAAGGCCUUCCUGGACUCCCCCGAGCACGUGAACCGCCCCAUCAACGGCAAUGGGAAGCAGUGAGGCUGCUGCCCGGCGGGCCACGGGCCGGGGGACGCCGCCUUCCUUUUCCCAGGACCAAUAAAUGUUCCAAGACCGUGA